AUGUACGAGGAGGCCCCGAUGGGCAUGCAGAUGCACAUGCUGAGUUUCGGUCUCCUCGAUAAAAUCGUGGACGGCUUUGAGCAGUAUCCUGGGCGUGGAUUGUUGCUCUCGGCGCUGUGCCGACUCACCGCCGCCAUUGCAGUGCAGGAUCGACGACGCG